AUGUCCUUCAGCUUCGGAUUCUCAGGCGACGACAUAGAAGAAGACCCAAACGAUGUGGUUCCGCAGAACCAGCAAGAGCAAGGCCAAGCAACUGACGCGAACGGACCACCACCUAUUCCAGCCAGAUCACAUGACUUGGACGAAAUGGUAGACGACAACUCCAACCCACACUUACUGUCCGGCUUGGAUAACUCCGACCUCCAGACGAACAUCUACGAGGGCGGAUACAAGACGUGGGAAUGCAGCCUCGACCUCUGCCGCUACCUGCUCGACCGUGGCCCGCGCAAGGAUCUCGACGAUUUAGCGCGCGUCGAGCACGUACUUGAGAUGGGGUGCGGGAGCGCAUUGCCUAGUCUGUUGGUGUUUCAGUGGGCGCUGAGGAAUAGCUGGAGGGGAUAUCUCACGCUGACGGAUUACAACGUCGAUGUUCUGAGGCUGGUUAGUUUGCCGAAUGUGCUGUUAACGUGGAUUGCGGAGAUGGGCGAUGCGCAAAGCCACGUCCUCUUCUCCGAGAGCGGGAAUCCAUUAAAGGGCGCGGACGAACAUGGCGAUGUAUACCUCACACCGCACAUUCUGGAUGCGUUUAAACAACAUCUCACCAACCAGGGCAUUAUCCUAACGUUCAUCUCCGGCUCCUGGACGCCGACUUCUUCCUUCACUUCCCUCAUCCCGACAACGCCUGAAUUAAACACAUUCAUCCUCGGCUCGGAGACAAUAUACAGCCCGGCGAGUUGCACGGCGUUUACGGAUGCGAUCACGCAGAUUAUGCGGCAAGUCAAGAUGGGCAAGGCGGUUGUCGCGGCCAAGAGGGUGUAUUUUGGCGUGGGUGGGAGCGUGGAUGGGUUCCGCAUGGAGGUAGGCGAGAAAGGGGGAGUUGCGGGCGAGAUUGAGUUUGAGGGGUUGGAUGGGGAAGGUGAAGGAGGAGUUAGGAGGUGUCUGGUUGAAGUGCAGAUGGUUUAG